AUGUCUCAUCACGAGCCGUUGAAGGCUUUAGGUCCAAUUGAUUGGACAACUGUGACGGGCGACGACCUUAAGCACUUCCUGGCCACAACCUUCCUCCACGCCCAGACCGUCGUCGAUAGCAUACCGGCCGCCGCGAAGCCCCAUCAGGCCGGCCGCGCGAGAAGCCACACCGAUAGCUCCGUUAUAUUCGACCCUUCGUCACGGAACCAUGCCAGCACUUCGGCCAGCGCCGACGCAGCAACCGCCGACGCGGCCGCCCAUGCGGCGAAGCUGCAGAAGGAGUGGAAGGAGGUCAAGAUCCCGCCGCGCGACAACCCCUACAACAUGAACGUCUACAAGCUCGCCGGGAAGGACGGCCGGGGCGCCUGGUUCGCGAGGCGCAGCGCACACGAGGGCAUAAGCUUUGACAAGUUCAGGCUGGGCCUGGAGAAGGAGUUUGGCCACACUUUGCAGCACACCACGGGCCCUGGCACGGGCAACGUCAGGGGCAUUGGCGCGGAGAGGAAAGCAGAGCAUCUGGAGUGUGACGGGGUGGGCCAGGCCGACGUAUGGCUUUUGAACGCUCAGUUCCCGGGGCCAACGACACCGAGGGACUUUGUCACGCUCUUCUUGACCGGCACCACCAGCUGGGACAGCAACAAAAGAGACAAGGGUCCGAGGCAAUUCAUGAUCGUGUCAAAGCCCUGCAAUCACCCCGAAUGUGCGCCCCGCUCGGGGUAUAUCAGAGGCAAUUACGAGAGCGUGGAGCUUAUUAGGGAGAUCCCCAUCGAGAAGCCACUGCGGCGGGUCAGGUCUUCAGUGGACAUGAGACGGGAGGACAUCCAGCUGCCGAGCCGGCAGAUGGGCGGCAAUAUGGACAUCGGUCAGGAGGCGGUUCUUCGAGCUGCUCAGAAACGAGCUGGCGCCAAGUCGGACGAAGGCCCAGGUGAAAGAGGCUUGUCGCGGUCGCUCUCCGGACUGCCGCCCCGCGAGACUGAUGAGGCUUCGGGCGCCGGAAAGGCAGAUGAGGAUACAGAAAUGGCAAUUGAAUGGGUAAUGGUGACUCGAUCCGACCCUGGUGGCAGUGUACCGAGGUUCAUGGUCGAGAAGGGUACUCCCGGUGGAAUCGUGACAGACGCUGGGAAAUUCCUCAAGUGGCUAGACACGAGGAGCGCAAAAGACCUUGAGGAAUCUCUUGAUGAGAUACCUGAGGUCGACGCUACAAAGGACGAUGCAGGCGAGGUGACGACGUCUCGGCCCCACCAAUCCUCUGCCAGCGUGUCUAGACCAGCGCCGGAGCAGUCCCAAGUCGCAGCAGAAGAGGAUAUCCAGCCCAGUGGCUUCUACAAUAUGAUCGCUGGAGCAAUAGGCGCGGCAUCGUCUAUGGUGACGUCGCGACUACCAGGUAUCGCUCACUCGACAUCAGAACUCGACUCCGAUCUCCAAGACAGUGACUCGGACUCGGACGAGUCAGAACGUAGCUUCGCCUCUGCACAGGAGCCCGAGAUCGAGACUCCCCUGGCCAAAGUCCUCUCCGGGGGAGAUACCAGCUUAGGCGGAGGCGAUAUGGCAUCUAUGCAUUCCGGCAAAAGCGAGGAAUCGCCCUCCAAAGCCUCAGUGUCGCAUCACGAGAAGCACCUCAAGAAGCUGCAAGAUCGGCAUAAGAAGCUCGCGGAGAAGAUGGCCAGGCAGCAGGAGCGUGCCUCCCAAGGCAAGUCAGAUCAGGGCGAUGACGCGCUCGCAAAGCUCAAGGAGAAGCACGAGAAGGAGAUUGCCCGACAAGAGGAGAACUAUAAGAAGGAGGUGAAGAAGAUGGAGGAGAAGCGGUUAAAGGAGGAGAAGAAAGCUGAAGAAAGGAGGAAGAAGCAGCAAGAGAAGGAUGAGAGGUCGAACAUGGCCAUGCAGCUUGAGAAGGUCAAGGUUGAGAGGGACAUGGCGUUGAAGCAGAUCGACAUCCUCAAGGAACAGGUCGGCCAGUUGCAGGCACAGAACACGAAGCUCGUCGCAAAGCUGGGUAAACUGGGAGGGCUGGUCAGUACGGAGGAGCUAUCCGCGAACGGAACGGCAACACUGGAUGAUGGAAAGCUGUCACAGGCUUCGUCACGGUCAAAGUGA